AUGGAGCGCGUGGUGAUUGUUGGAGCAGGUUUGUAUCCUCGUCAGAUUUUAAAUACACCUCUAACUACGAGCUUAGGUCUCUACGGCCUCGUCGCCGCCAAGACAUAUCUGCAAGUUGCCGGUGUUUACGACGUAGCCAAAUCAACCGACAAUACCCCUGAGGCUGGCGACGCGUUCCCUGCCUGUUUCACGGAGACUCAACAGCUUCACACACACGAUGUUUCAGACUGUCGCCUCCUUGUGAUUGACUCCGCAUCAGAUCUCGGGGGUACCUGGGCCGAGGAGCGACUAUACCCGAAUUUGCUGAGCCAGAACUCCUACGGGCUUUAUGAGUUCAGCGACUUGCCGCUCUCCGACGUCGUCCCAGAGGAGGAUAACGAGGAUGACUCAACGUGUCAGUUCAUUGCCGGCUGGAAAAUCAAUCGGUAUCUGCAUGCGUGGGUUGACAAGUGGGACCUGCGGAAAUACAUACGGCUGAACUGGAGGGUCAAUGGCAUUACCCGCCUGGAGAGCAGGGAGUGGAAACUCGAUCUCAGCGACAGCAAAGAUUCUAACCAGGCUAUUCAUAUCAUCUGUGAUAAGCUGAUUUUGGCAACGGGCCUGACUUCGGUACCAAACCUCCCAAACCCCAAACCCGUUGGCGAGGUAUCUGAACCUGUUGGUACCGUCAUCCAUGCCAAGCAUGUCGGAGACUGGGCUCGAGAGAAUUUAGGAUACCAGCCCUUACCGAAAUUAAGUCCAUCAUUCAAUAGCGACGCGGGUCGCGAGUUUGGCUCACGACUACGGUCUGUGGCCAUAUACGGUGGCGCCAAAUCAGCAUUUGAUCUGGUGCACUUCUUCGCAACUCUGCAUCGCAAUGAUCCUAACUUGCACUUGCGGUCGACCCCCAAAGACCCCGUGCAAGUACACUGGAUUAUUCGAGAUAAAGGUGCCGGCCCAGCAUGGAUGGCACCGCCCACUUCGUCACUCCCAAAUGGCGAGACAGUGGCCAGCGACAAAGCGGCGAGCACACGACUCCUAAAUCAUCUCAGUCCAUGCUGCUACGAGAUCCCUAAGCGGCUAUCCCCGGCUUCUUCUCCCCUAAUAUGGGGGUGGGGGUUUCAGAUGGAGGGCUCGUGGCUUGCUCGUUUUUUCCACGGGAAUCCUUUGGGCCGGUGGUGGAUCCGGAGGUUUUGGGCCUCUGUGGAUCAGAACCUCGAGGAGAUAGCGCGAUACAGUGCCGACCCAAAGUUGCAGAAGCUUCGCCCAGAUAACAGUGUCGUCUCGUGUGCCUCCAGUAUCGGGAUUGCGAACCAGCGAGAUCUCUGGGAAACCAUCCGCUUGCCUCAGGUGCAUGUCUAUCGAUCAACCAUAGCCAAAAUCACGGACACUGGCACAAAGUUGGACGCUAGCAUUCUCCGAACUGCCAGAGUUGAUCUGGAGGAUGGUACCCGAGUUAACGACGUUGAUUUGGUUGUUCACGCCACUGGCUACAGACCAAUUGUGCCCGUCCAGUUUCAGCCACCGAGCUUUCGGCUCACUCUGGGUCUUUCCGGCCUGGUGAACCAUGAACCUCGAUGCGACCCAGAACAAAGCCAAAUCAAUUCCCUAGAAAGAAUCAAUGGCUCCCUGGACUCCGUAACCGAGGCCCGUAUCCAGCAUUGGCAUAACCUUGAUGAGAAGUCAGAGGUGAUGGUGAAGAAAAAGUUAGCUGCCACGGGUUGUACCCCAGUCGACCGCACCCCACCUUCAUGGAUUGAAUCACACAAGUUGCUUCCAUAUCGCCUUUUUCGCCGCAUGGUUGCGCCCGAAUUGGUUGCACAAGGCGAUCGAUCUUUUGCUGUCCUCGGCAUUGUGCUAUCCUCCACCAUUGCGGUGGUUGCCGAGGUUCAAGCGCUAUGGGUAGCUGCCUUUUUGGCUGGGGGCUUAGAUUCUUCUGUGGAUUCAAAGACCCAUCGGAAUGAUUGUCUUCGUCUUCAAGAUAUCUCGCAGGAUGUCAUGGACAAUUCUAUUUCAGAGGAUGUUGUCCUUGGGUCGCUGACUGGGACUGGGUUGGAAGUGGAUGCUAUCCAGGUAAGUCCAGAAGAGAAUCCGGCUGGCUUCAGUGUUGGCUAA